AACACACUUCUCAUACCUUUAUGACAGGAGUUAGUUGUGCAACUUUGGAACAAGGCGCCCAUUAAAGUUAGUCUCCUAGGAAACUGGGAGAUUGGGCGCUUUCUCUCUGGAUGCUUACACUGCGAACAGAUGGCUUCGGGAGCCCUUGAACACAGCUGUUCUAGGUUCUGGAUCAUAAAGCUGACUCAGGGCCUAGCUAAUCUUCAGAAGGAAUUAGGUACAUCUCAAAGAGAAAAUACUUACAAUGAUCACUUUUCUAAACUACUUGCUCAAAAAGGGGAGGAAAAUAUUUUCAACAGAAAGUUAAGCGUCUGAUUUUUAAUCUGCGUUUUAUAGUCCUACAAAUUACCGGCACACCCUGAGGGUAAGACCCCGCCCAGUGCACCGGCCACAGUAGCAACAGGAUCUCGCAAAUCUUUAGCCAUUGGCUCGCAGCGGGAAGUCAGGCCGGAUUAAUCGAGAACUGGAAGUUUAAUUUAAGGCGAGUCUUCCAGAACAGAAUUUUGAUUAAGAGUGCACAGGAUGCAUGGAAGCAGCAAGGUUUGGGGCUGAAGGAUUCAAAGACGGAGCAUGGAUUCUUUCCACCGAAGGGCGGCUGGGUCUUUGGGAAGCUCCACAAUGAGCACUCAAACCACGUGCGUGGCUGCAGACUCCCGGGACCCUACACGGUACGCUGAAGCAAGGUGAGAGGUGGGGUCUCGUGGCUCUUGAGCCGGGGCCAACUCUGGCGGCGACCCUGCGGGAAGAAUGCCCGCCGAGCACCCCGCCCCUAGCCAACCCAGUCCUGCAGCACGUGGAAGCGCUUUGUCCGCCACCGGCCAGUCUCAGGACGCACGCGGAAAGCCAGCUCCUUCCCGGUGCCAGCCGCCGUCGUAGAUCCUCCCCUUCUUCGAGUGGCGGACAACGCACCGGACUACGUGUACCACCCGGACUACAAAUGCCACAGGCAGGCAACCGAAGACAGGCCCGAAAGUGACCACGCACCCCUCCCCCACUCACGUGACCUUCUGGGGCUGUCCUGGCCCCGCCCCCUCCGCGCCAAGAACAGCCACGGAACCGCCUUCGUUGUCUUCUGCGCAGGCGCAAACCGUGACUCGCUGCUGGUGACGCAAUCCAGCAUGGACUUGGGCUCCAAGCAUCUGUCGAAUCACGUAACUCUGCUCGAACGGUCUCCGCAGUCAGACGUGCGCGCGCAGCCCCCACCCCUAGACACGGGAGGGGCGGGGCCGUCUGGGGGCGGAGCGGGCCGGGGCGGCCAAUCGGCGGCGCCCGCGCUGUUGUCCCGCCCCGCCCAGCCAGCCGUCGGUCCCCGGGGGCCUGGUCCGGUGGACGCGCGGUGGCGGCGGCGGCGGCGGCAACGCCGGCUGGGAGAGCUGUUACUCGAAAGAAGAAACAUGGAAAGUGGUGCGGUUCUGCUGGAAUCCAAAUCCUCACCAUUCAACCUUCUGCAUGAAAUGCAUCAGCUACGCCUUCUUGGUCACCUGUGUGAUGUGACUGUCAGCGUGGAAUACCAGGGCGUCCGUGAAGAGUUCAUGGCUCAUAAGGCUGUGUUGGCAGCCACCAGCAAAUUCUUUAAGGAGAUGUUCCUUAAUGAGAAGACUGUAGAUGGUACGAGGACUAACGUUUAUCUAAAUGAAGUACAAGUUGUUGACUUUGCCUCAUUUCUCGAGUUUGUGUACACUGCAAAGGUACAGGUAGAAGAAGAUCGGGUGCAGCGAAUGCUGGAAAUGGCUGAGAAACUAAAAUGUCUGGACUUAUCAGAGACUUGUUUUCAGUUGAAGAAACAGAUGUUAGAAUCUGUACUUCUGGAGUUGCAGAACUUCUCUGAGUCUCAGGAGGCAGAAGGGAGCGGUGACUCCCAAGCCGCUGUUGCUCCUGACCCCAGGGCACGUUCCCCAGGGGACAGUCCUCUCACUAAUGGCCUUGGGGAUUCCUCAGAUCCCCUAGUAGAGACAAUCAGCAAUGGCGUGUUGCCAGAUAUGCCCCUGAAGAAGUCCAAGGAGAAACCUGACAAGAAAAAAGAUGCAAUCAAGCCUCCCUACCCCAAAAUCAGAAGGGCCAGUGGAAGGCUGGCUGGAAGAAAGGUGUUUGUGGAAAUCCCUAAAAAGAAAUACACAAGAAGGCUGCGAGAGCAGCAGAAAAGUGCCGAGGAUGACAUGGGGGACUGCCAAAGCCCCGAGGACCCCAACCCAGAGGCCAUGGGAGCAGAGGUGGAGCCCGUCACAAAGCGUGAGGAGGGCGGAGUGGGAGUGGAGGCAGCCCAGGAGCUGCCAAAAGCAGGCAGCAGGGAGGACGCAGGAGGUGUGGAGGAGGAUGAUGACGAGGAGGAGGAGGGCGAGAAGAGGAAGAGCAACUUCAAGUGCACUAUCUGUGAAAAAGCCUUUCUGUAUGAGAAGAGCUUCCUGAAACAUAUCCGGCACCACCAUGGGGUGGCCACUGAGGUGGUUCAUCGCUGUGACACGUGCGGCCAGACCUUUGCCAACCGCUGCAACCUCAAGAGCCACCAGCGCCAUGUGCACAGCAGCGAGCGCCACUUCCCAUGCGAGCUGUGCGGCAAGAAGUUCAAGCGGAAGAAGGAUGUCAAGCGGCACGUGGUGCAGGUGCACGAGGGUGGUGGCGAGCGCCACCAGUGCCAGCAGUGCGGCAAGGGCCUGAGCUCCAAGACAGCGCUGCGACUGCACGAGCGGACGCACACAGGCCACAAGCCCUAUGGCUGCACCGAGUGCGAGGCCAAGUUCUCGCAGCCCUCGGCGCUGAAGACCCACAUGAGAAUUCAUACAGGGGAAAAACCUUUUGUCUGUGAUGAAUGUGGUGCAAGAUUCACUCAGAACCACAUGCUGAUUUAUCAUAAAAGGUGUCACACAGGUGAAAGACCUUUCAUGUGUGAAACAUGUGGCAAGAGUUUUGCUUCUAAGGAGUAUUUAAAACAUCACAAUAGAAUCCAUACUGGAUCCAAACCCUUUAAAUGUGAAGUUUGUUUCAGGACUUUUGCCCAGCGGAAUUCACUCUACCAGCACAUUAAAGUCCAUACAGGGGAACGUCCUUAUUGCUGUGACCAGUGUGGGAAGCAGUUCACCCAGCUCAACGCGCUCCAGCGUCACCAUCGCAUCCACACGGGGGAGAAGCCAUUCAUGUGUAACGCGUGCGGGCGGACAUUCACUGACAAGUCCACCCUGCGGCGGCAUACCUCGAUACAUGAUAAGAAUACUCCAUGGAAGUCUUUCCUUGUUAUUGUAGAUGGCUCACCCAAGAGCGAUGACACGCACAAGACUGAGCAGCUGGAUGAAGAAUAUACGUCAUCCAAACUUUCGGAUAAAUUGCUGUCUUUUGCAGAAAAUGGCCAUUUUCACAACCUUGCCACAGUCCAAGGCAGUGUGUCCACAGUGCAUGAGAACAGUUCUGCAGACGCAGCCUGCAAGUCGGACGAUUGCGUGGUGUCUCAGGACACACUGCUGGCCACCACCAUCAGUGAGCUCAGUGAGCUGACUCCACAGGCAGACACGAUGCCAACACAGCUUCACUCGCUGACCAACAUGGAAUGAGAGCUUUGGUGCCUGCCAGGCAGAUCCUACGCUGCGUCUCCGCAUGUGUGAUUGCUGUAUGCAGGUUCACGUCAGGGGCGAAGACGAAUUGUCUGCGAGCAGAGUGGGCAAUACCUUCUGCACAUUUUCCUGAAUCUCUGCUAACUUGCACGUCUUUAUCAAAGCAUUUUUAGAGCUUCCCCUUAAAAAAUCCUAGUCUGCAUGAUCUCAGCUAUGCUUGAUCGACAAAGCAGUUAACAUGACCUCACUGGAUCCUGGUGCAGGUCGUAUGCAUAACGCUUGUCCUGAUGUGUAGGAAGUUUGGACAACUAUGGAAAUGUAGAAUACAGAGCCCUGGCCCAGCUCAUGAAGUUUAUGUUAGUGAUCUCCCUGGUCUCUCAGCCUGCCUUACCCCUCUGUGUGGGUUUAGUUCCCUGAUAAUUUUAAGCUAUUUUUCUACCAAGCUGAAAUAAAACUGGGACCAUGUAUUUUCAGCUCUUUGCUGUUGAACAGAAGCAAGUCGAUUUGCUUGGGGACCCUUGAGUUGGGACUGAAGAAAUGGAUGGUUGCAUUCAUUCUCUUCCACCUCCUGUCUGUAGGCACUAAAAGGAAUGACAAUUUGAACACUUGAAAAAUAGCUUUCUGUAAUCUGUACUCAUAGCACAUUCACAGCUAGGAAGUUGGCCGUAGAGUGACUGCUGAAAUGAAGUGUAGCUGUUGGGUUUCAUUCCUAAAGUCUGAUUAGGUAAAAGCUGUCCUACCAAAGAUUCUAGCAGCAAAUGGUGUAGUGUUUUUGCAGAAGUGUAAAAAAGUGAAGUAAGAGGCUUUAGAACACUUGAAACACUGUGGAGUCCUUUUAUUCACAAGUAGCAAUGAGGUGAUCUGGCAAAUCUUAGAACACAGAGUGUUAGUAUUUUUGGCUAGGUUUUCCUGACUUAACUCUGUGACUUUCAGAAAUGCAGAAUUCCUCUUUUAUGUAUCAAGAGCUUGAAACAGGUAAGUAGUUCCCUCACAUUUCUUUCCUUGGGAACAUGUGAGCACAUAAGCAGAAGGGACCAAAACCCUUGGAACUUGUCUUUGAUUAUGCCUUAAGAGUAGAUUGUGAAGAACCAGGAACUUUGCCUUCAGUGCUCCUGUGGCUGGCUCAUGCUGGCCUUCUGCUUAAAAUGAAUUUGCAGUGAAGUUAAUUCUUUAUUUGCUAAGCCUGAUUCUUGGUUCCAGUGGCUUGGAUGUGUGGCCGCAUGCUUUGUGCUUUGACUCACAUGUAACCCUAAACAUAAUAUUUAAAGAGAGAACCCGAAGAGUUUUUUUGUUCACUAGUUGUUUUCCUUGUAUUUUAAUUUAUUAAACUUGCUGUGAAAACAUGUUCACUUUCUAAGAGAAAGGUACUUUAUCCUAAGUUCCAGGAUGAAGAUACAGCUGUACCAUGCCAGAAACUAAUGUGGGAAGACUCUCCCUAAAUGCUUAUUUUGUUUUAACUUGUAACAUGUUAAGUAAAUACUAAAACCACUCUAAGAUGUUUUAGGUGCUAACAUGUUUCACACUUGCUCUUGAAGAUGGCAGUACUGAAUUUUCAGUGAUGACAGUGUAUCCUGGUUGUGUU